AUGGCGCUUUACAAAGGGCCGCGGCUGUUGGACUUUACAAAGACCCCUCCACACCUUCAGUUCAACAAAUAUGUCCUGACGGGUUACCGGCCAGUGUCCACGGCUCAGGAGUGCGUCAGGAGCCUCUUCUACAUGCACAAUGAGCUGGGGAACAUUUACACCCAUGGCAUCCCUUUUUUCCUUUUCUUGGUGCUACUGCCUUUCAGCAUCCCCUGGAUGGAGGUGGACAGCGUCUGGAUUUGUGUGGUCCACUAUUUGGCCUGCCUCUGCCCCACCGUGGGCUCUGUGGUCUACCAUAUGUUCAUGAACCAUGUAGGAGGAGAACAUGUGUAUGACACCCUGCUCUCCCUGGACAUGUUCGGGGUCUGCCUGGUUAACACCCUGGGAGCACUUCCCAUCAUUCACAUCACCCUUCUUUGCUACCCAACCAUGCAACAGGCUUCCUUGCUGGCCUACAUCCUCCUGUCAGCCUACGGGAUCUACUGUGCCACCACGGCACGCACUAACGUCCUGCGCCUGCGAGCUUUCCUCUGGCAGGCCUUGUUCCGCUUCAGCCUCUUCCUGUUCCGGGUGUACGGCAGCGGCGUGGGCAGCCCAAACUCCCUGCGCCUCUUUGUCAUCAUGGACUCUCUGGCUGUACUGGGAGGGCUGGUCAACAUCAUCCAGAUCCCUGAGCGCUUCAGCCCAGGCCUGUUUGACAACUGGGGCAACAGCCACCAGAUAAUGCACGUCAUGGUUAUUUGCUCAAUUAUCUACCUGCACUGGGGCACUCUGGAGGAUUUAGCCUGGAUUAAGUCCUACCAGUGUCCUGCUGAGUGA